AUGAAAAAUAUGAUGUUACUUCUCUUGAAUUUACUUUUAGUAAGUUAUUCAGAGCUCCUACCAAAAGUAGAUUAAUGCACAUGCAAGCAAAUUCUUAGUUCUAAAGAUUGUACCUAAUUAACUAAGUGUUAAUGGAACACAGCAUCAGGUUCUUGUGAAGAUCGUAAAUCUACAGAUUUAGAAUCAUAUUGUUCAUUAAAUAGUUCUAAUUGUCCAAUAAAUGGUUGUGCUUUAUAAUAAGGAAUUUGUAAACCAUUUAGUGGAUGUUCUGUAUAUUAAGGAAAAACGCAUGAAGAAUGUUAAAAGAUUUCUCGUUUAUGUACAACAAAUGGAGAACAUUGUAUUAAUAUUGAUUUGUUAUGUGAUAAUUUUAAUGAUAAUUAAUUGGGUUGUGUAGUAGAUUUGGAUGGAUAUCCAUGUUAUUGGAAUAAUGAUAACAAGAAAUGUUAUUAAGUUUAAAAUUGUAAUGAAUUACCAUCAUCUUAUACAACUCAUUAAACUUGUUAUGAAGCUGGAUAGAUUAAGAUGUUAAAAUGUACAGCUAAAGAAGGAGGAGGUUGUAUGGAUAUAACAAGUGAUUGUGCCAGUUUAUAAAAAUUAGGAUGUGUAUAAAAUUAAUUAGGUAAAGAUUGUUUUUGGGAUGGAUCUUCAUGUAAAGAUAAAACUUGUACAAAUGCUCCUAAUUCUUAUACAACACAUGAAUAAUGUUAAAAGUAUUUAAAUACUUGUUCUCUUAAUAAUGAUCAAAAAGGAUGUAUGGAUAUGCCAAAUUCAUGUGAUAGUUAUAUAAAUGAAUCAUAAUGUAUUUAAGUUUAAGGAACUUAAUGUUUUUGGUUCUCAAUUACUUGUAAGGAUGGUGAUACUAAUUGUUAACCUAAAGCUGAAUGCAAAUCUUGGACUUGUGAAAAUGCUUAUUCUACUUAUAAUAAUGAUAUUUAAUGUAGAUAAUUUAAAAGUGAAUGUACAGUUAAUAAUACAAAUAAUGGUUGUAUUAAGAGAUUGGAAUCAUGUUAUGAAUAUACAACUCAAAAUUAAUGUGUAAGUGUAUUAAAUGAUUAAUAAAAUUGUUAUUGGAAUGGUAGUAAAUGUGUUGAUAAAACUUGUAUCAAUGCUGUAUUAAAUAAAUAUGAUUAAGUAUCAUGUAGUAGAUAUAUGUCAUAAUGUACAGUAUUUAAUAAUAAAUGUACUUAAAAAACUUGUAGUACAUAUUUAAGUGAAAAAUAAUGUAGUAAUGAUUAUUAAAAUAAUAAAUGUGCUUGGAGUGGAACUUGUACAUUAAAAACAUGUGAAAAUGCAAGUGAUGAAUUAACAUCACAUAAAGAUUGUUAAUAAUGGUUAAAUAGUUGUACAGUUUAAUCUGAUCUUAAAGGAUGUCAAAAUUUAGAAUAAGUUUGUAGUGCUUACAAAAUCUAAGAUUAAUGUUAUUUAGCAGGUAAUACUAAAUAUACAUGUUUAUGGAUCAAUGGACAAUGUGUUUAAAAAAGUUGUUCUACUGCUAGUCUUUAUAUUUAUACAGAUGAAGAAUGUAAUAGUUAUUUAAGUGGAUGUAUGAUAAGUGAUUAAAAAAGUGGUUGUGUAUCUCGUAAAGCUACUUGUAUAGAAUUAUAAGAACAUUAAUGUUCAAUAACUAAUUCAGGAUCAUAUUGUUUUUGGAAUGGAUUAUAAUGUGUAGCAAGACAAUGUACAUAAGUUGUUUAUAAUACAUUUAAAGCAUGUAAUACAUUUUUAUCAACUUGUACUGCUAAUUAUGAUGGUACUCAAUAUAAUGGAUGUGUAAAUAAAUAAAAUAAAUGUAAUUAAUAUAAUAAUGAAUUCAUGUGUAUUGAAAGUUUAUCUGAAGGCAAAUGUAUAUGGAAUAAAAAAGCUACACCUAAUGCUUGUGAAGUUAGAUCCUGUUAAAAUUCUGAUCAAACUACAAGUGAUGAAGCAUGCAAUAACUUUUUGAAUACUUGUACUGUUAAUUCUGCAAGAACUGGAUGUAUUGAACGAUAUUCAAAAUGUAGUGAAUAUGCAAAUGAAAUUAAUUGUAAAUAUACUAAAUCAGGUGGUGAAUGCAUCUGGUAUAAUAAUGUCUGUACAGAUAGAACUUGUGAUAAAGCUGAUAAAACUUAUACUUCUCAUAAUGAAUGUUAAUCUUAUAGUAAGAAUUGUACUACUAAUGGAAAGGGAUGCAUUAAAAUUGAUUAAUGUUCUUAAUAUACUACUAAAUCAGGAUGUAUUAUUGAUAAUAAUAAUUAAUUAUGUACAUUCUAACCUAGUUGCAAUCUACAAUAAUGUAGUGAUGCUCCCUAAUCCUAUUCAACAGAUGAAUAAUGUAAAAAAUAUAAAAAAGAGUGUACAACUAAUGGAAAUGGUUGUGUUUUGAGAACUGAAUGUUCAGAUACUUAUAUUGAAUAGGCAUGUGUUACUGAUUCUAAUGGUAAUAAAUGUACAUGGAUUAAUAAUAAAUGUGUUGCUUAUAGUUGUUCAAGUGCUCCCAGUAAGUAUGUUACUGAAAUAGAGUGUUAAUUACAUAAACCAGGAUGUACAGUAAAUUAAUCUGGAGGUUGUACAAAUAAAGGUCUAUGCAAAGAUGCUAAAAUUUAAUAAGCUUGUACAACAGAUAAAUAUGGUAAUUAAUGUAGAUUCUCAAAGGAUGGAUGUAGAGAUAUUAUUUGUUCAGAUGUUGCAUAUACAAAUCACUAUGAUUGUGCUAAAUUCAAUUCUUAAUGCACAUCUAAUGGAUUAACUUGCAUUACUCAAGCAAAGUGUGAUACCAAAAUAUAAAGUGGAUGCUUUUUAGGUUCAGAUGGACCAUGUUUAUGGGUGAAAAAUGGAUGUUAUCAAUAUUCAUCUUGUACAUCACUUUAAUUCUAGACUCAUGAAUAAUGUUAUGAAUUCAGUAAUGAAUGCACAACUGAUGGAUUUACUUGUAUACCAAUUGAUAAAUGUGAAAAAUUACCUGCUUAAGGGUGUAUUUAAGGAACAGAUGGUAAAUGUGUCUAUUUAUCUGAUAAGAAUAAAUGUGUAGUAUUUAAAACUUGUAAUUCAAUAGAAUAUACUACUCAUUAAGAUUGUUAAAAUGUAAAUAAGACAUGCACAACAGAUGAAACUAAAUGUAUUGAAUUAUAAGAUUGUUCAUCAUAUACUAAAUAGUCUAAUUGUUAAUUAAAUAGUGAUUAAUAAAAAUGUUAUUAUGAUGAAAAAGAAAAGAAAUGCUUAGAUUUAUAAUGUUCCCAUAUAUAAUUUACAACUCAUGAAGAAUGUAAUACUGCUUUAAAAACUUGUACUACAAAUACCACAAAAUGCAUUUCAAUUGAUAAAUGUGAAAAUUAUAGUAAAGAAUAUUGUAAUAUUGCUCUUGGUUCUGAUGGUAAAUGCAAAUAUGAUCCAACAGAUAAUAAAUGUCGUUUAAUUAAAUGUACUGAAUUAGUAGAUAAUUGUACUUAGAUUAGUAAAUGUGUAGAUAGUGGAAUUGGAUGUGUUGAAUAAUUCACAUGUGAUAAAUAUGAAACUGAAAAAGGAUGUAAAUAAGGUGGUAGUGAUGGAUAUUGUGUAUGGUAUUUAGAUAAUGGAGAAGGAAAAUGUAAAAUCAUGAGUGCUUGUUCAGAUGCUUCAACAAAUAAAGAGGCAUGUUAAUCAAAAUCAUGGACUUGUUAAUGGACUGAAACUGCUACCAAAACCACAUGUGCCUAACAUACAUGUUCAUCAAAAUCAAAAGAAACUGGAUUAUGUUUACCUAUCUUAGAUUUCUUUUAAAAGAAUUAUGAAUUGUGUGCAUUAUCUAGUGAAUAGUGUAUUUCAGCAUAGAAAUCUUCUUUAGGGGCAUAAACUUGCUUUUAAUCUACUGCUUAUACAUACACAUGGGAUUCUGCCAAUUCUUUCUGUUUGUAAUGUGGAACAAUAUAUACAAAUACAAACAAUCAGACAAACAAUUCCAACAAUUCAAAUACAAAUGAUACAGAUACUGACAACUAAGUUCAAAUCUUAUUCCCUAUGUUAAGUCUGAUUAUUAGUAUAUAUAUAUGA